AUGUCAGUGCAAGUAUCUGAAAAAGUCGAAAUAACUUCACAGAGUUGGUUGUUUUCAGUAACGGUACCAAAUUUAUCUUCCAAAGACAAAGUGUUUAUAACGGGAAGUAUCUCUGAAUUAGGGGAAUGGGAUUACAAAAGAAUAGUAGCUUUGGAACAUGACGAAGAUUCCAAUGUGUGGUCCAAGUCGUUAACUAUUCCCAACGCAAGCGAUGUAUUUUAUCGGUACGUAGUUUGUACCGUGAAUGAAGAAACCAAUGAGAUUGCAGUCAACCAAUGGGAGAACCAUAUUGCACCCCGAGUUAUUAAAGAAAGCAUGUUGCACCCUAUUAUUGACUCUUUCGGUGAAUACGGUGGUAAUAUAAAAAUUAUUAGGGGCUGGCUGACAUCGCAAACCUUGGUUCAGUUAAAAUUUUUCAAUAGUCCUUUAAAGUUGAAGAGUCGUUUAGAUGGCAGAAUUGUUCGGAUCAAAGUUACACCAGUUAAAUUAAGCUUUGGUACAGAACCCCAUGUUGAAGAUUCUUCUCUAAGUGCUGACACUACAGAAGCUGAAGCACCUGCAGGUGUUUCUGUUGAAGUUGCCACAUUAGAUAAUGAUCCUGUGCUGUGUUGUCUACAGCCUCAAGAGCAGUUUGGACGUGAAUAUAGGCCUAAUGACACAUUUUUGGUGAAUAUAUAUGCCCCUAAUCCAAAAGGGAUUGCUUACCUUAUUGAUUUUUAUGCAUUUAGUCGCAGGGCUUCUGUUGAUGACCCUCCAUGUCAUGUUGGCUAUACAUAUGUUCUACCAAACAUGCUUAGACCAUCCGAAGGCUCCUUAGAGCUCCCAGUUACAUGUAAUGUAAAACACCGUCCUCUUGGUACAGUUAACUUUGAAUACCUCAUCAUUUGCCCAAUGGAAAAAAAUUUAAACAAUUUUCAAGUAACUUUUGCUAAGCAUUGGGAUCCCUCUUGGACUGGCCUGGAAGUAGGACAUCGAGGACUUGGUGCCAGCUUUAAAACAAAAGAGGGCAAUGCCAUUCGUGAAAACACAAUAGCUUCUCUUAAGAAAGCUGCUGCCAGUGGGGCAGAUAUGUUGGAAUUUGAUGUGCAGCUUAGUAAAGAUAUGAUACCUGUCAUUUAUCAUGACUUCCAUGUGUGUAUAUCUAUGAAACGAAAAAGAGAAGUAGAUUUCUCUGAAAUGUUAGAAUUACCAGUAAAAGACUUGACCUUGGAGCACCUGCAGAAGCUAAAGGUAUACCAUUUAGUGGAAGGUCGCAAUCAUGAAACUUUGUUCUAUGAUGAAGACUUAGAAGAACACCAACCAUUUCCGACCUUAGAACACACUCUGAAGUCCUUAGAUGAACAUGUAGGAUUUAACAUAGAACUCAAAUGGACAAUGGAGUUAAAAGAUGGGACAUUUGAAUUGAACAAUCCUUUUGACAUGAAUACAUAUGUUGAUAAGGUACUGGAGGUAGUUUUGAAAUAUGGCAGCAGCCGUAGGAUCGUCUUCUCUUGCUUCAAUCCCGAUAUUUGCACAAUGGUGCGAUACAAGCAGAACAAAUACCCUGUAAUGUUUCUUACGAUUGGUAUUUCUGAAAAGUAUCCUCCAUAUCGAGAUCCAAGGUGCCUAUCGAUUCCGGCUGCCGUUCAAAGUGCUAUCAGUUCGGACAUUCUUGGCAUUGUUGUACACACUGAAGACUUGCUUAGGGAUCCAACGCAGGUAAAACUUGCAACUGAUGCUGGUCUAGUAAUCUUCUGCUGGGGCGACGACAACAAUGACAAAAACACGAUAAAGAAGCUAAAGGAGAUGGGACUACAUGCUGUCAUUUAUGACAAGCUUGAUCAGUACACAACCAAGGAAGUUAAGGAAAGCAUAUUCCUGAUGGAGGCGCGGGACUCGCAGCGCGAGAUAAUGAGGCUGGCUGCUUUAGACGCGCUGCCCGUUACAGAAAGCUCUUCCUCUGUGGCAACUCCUUGCGAGUCGCGGUCUCGACCCUAUCUAGACCUCAACGUGAGGCAAAAAUUGGCCGAACGCUCCACCGUCACUUCUCUAGAGUCCCUUGCCUCGUCGAUCGAUAUUCGCGAUGACCUCACGGAUAGAAGUCUAAAACGCAAUCAUGACAUCAUUAUGAACAUUGACAAAGAAUCCCAAGUGAAAGAACAACGCAACUCCUUCCUGGGCCUCUUCCCUGCGGGAGAUUCUAAGACUUCGCCCAAAAAGUCACGUAAAGACGACUUGUAG